UAGGACAUUUCGGCGCGCGAAAUCUACAGCAGGAAGAGAGGAACGGCGAGUUUUUGGUUUUUGAAUCAAUCAAACUAAAUUCCAUAAUCUACAAACAUCUACAUUAAUAUGGCAGAUCCGAAGGAAACACCAGAAGAGCAGGAGACUUCAACAGACAAUGCAGAAGAAUCAAACCACGAUCCCCAUUAUGAGCCCAUCGUGUCUCUUCCAGAGCAGGAUGUGAAGACACUAGAGGAGGACGAGGAGGAACUGUUCAAAAUGCGGGCGAAGCUCUACCGCUUUGCCUCUGAGAACGACCCACCAGAGUGGAAGGAGCGCGGCACAGGCGACGUCAAGCUCCUGAAACACAAAGAGAAGGGCACCAUCCGCCUAUUGAUGAGGCGAGACCGGACCUUAAAGAUCUGUGCCAAUCACAACAUUUUCCCUGUGAUGGAGCUGAAGCCCAACGCCGGCAGCGACAGGGCAUGGGUAUGGAACACACUUGCCGACUUCGCUGAUGAGCAUCCCAAACCUGAACUCCUGGCAAUCCGUUUCCUCAAUGCAGAAAAUGCUCAGAAAUUUAAGGUGAAGUUCGAUGAAUGCAAGGAGGAAGUCCGAAAAUCUCAAGACGGAUCAGGAGAAAACGCUGACAGUGCAAACAAAGUGGCAGAGAAACUGGAGGAACUAUCUGUAAAAGACAAGACCAAGACAGAGGAAAAGGAGAAAGCGGCAGCAGAAGAGAAGAAAUGAAACCAAGAACUUGCUUUACUGAUCUUCAACUUGUCAUUUUCUACAAUAGACUCUAAAGAAACUGAAUUUGGACACUUGCAUAUUGAUUGAUUUAGUUUUUUUUUUUUUUUUAUGAUUUGUUUACCUCGACCUUGGUGCCGCAAAAAAAUUAUCCAUUCAUUAAAAUGUGCCCCUCCCCACCCGCCCUCUGCUUUUUCCCGUCAUGGAAAACCAAAUUGUCUGUUCUGCUCAUCUGUCACUCAUACUCAUUUCAGACAGAAGAUGUGGUGUAUUGCCUGUUUUUAAAAAGAAAAAUAGUUUUGUAAAUUAGCCCCUUUCGAACAACCCCUUUAUUUACCGCUUUCAAAUUGAGAGGGGGGGGGGGGGGGGGGUUAAACCAUGGGGGCUGUUUGCAUGACAAAUUAGGGCGGUAUUAAACAAUGGAUGUGUUUAAUGAAUUUACCUGCAAAAAAAACAGCACCACGGGGUGGAUUCGAUUAUGCUUGGCUGGGGGGCACUGGUCUAUGGCACGUAACGUGAAUGGGCAAAAGCGGUGAGGGAGGAGCGCACUUCUCAAAUAUAACAGUAAUCUGUGCUGUUUAGUCAUGUUGUCAACAAGGCAGCAUGGUGCAUCGUCCAGAAACAUAUUUUUCCAUAAAAAAAUGUGAAAUUAGAUUUCAUUGGGAAGGAAGAUAAGUAAUCACUUUUGCAUGUGAACACAGAAUCCUACUCAUUAUACCACGUGCUUAAUUACAUCUCUUGAUUUGAGCCGGCUUUCACUUGGUGCAAAACACGCCUACUCCCUCAUUUACACAGACCCGAUUACCUGUAUUCUGGUUACAGCAGGGUUUCUAAAAUUCUGUCCUCAGGACCCCAAGGGGUGCACGCUUUUGCACUAGCGCUACACAGCUGAUUCAAAUCAACUAAUCAUCAAGCUUUGAAUCGGCUGUUUAGUGUUAGGGCAAAAAACUAAAUGUACACCCUUUGGGUCUUGAGGACAGAGUUUGGGAAACGCUGGGUUACAGGGACUGAAAAUGCAGUAAUCAUGACUAGGUCUUUAGGUGGCUUUUAAUUUGCCAUGUUUUUAUACCCUACCCCUUAAAGAUAUACCAAAAAGCAGGUGAAAAUAAGCAGUCGUGGUACGUUUGUGGGAUCUUUGUAUAUGAAAGAGGUAUCAGUGUCAAUUUACCAUACUGUGAAAUGAGGCUUGUGAUAUUGGUAAUUCCCACAUUGGGUAAAUUGUUAUUCUGAAGCAAAGUUAGUUCAUAUGGAACAGGACUGCUUGUUAAUGCCACAAGUAUGGAAAAUGGGCAGAAAGUACGUGUGAGGAGCAGUAAUGUCUUUGGCACGAAUCUCAAUAUGGAGGCUUCCUCUGUAUCCUCUCCUUUGUCUUUACUGAUCUUAUACAGGCAAGGUGGUGGCUGCUUACCAGGCAGGAAUUUGCCUUCACCUGUCCACGUAGUUCAGGGAUUGGCAACUCCAGCCUUCUGGAGCCUACUUUGUUCAGGGAUUGGCAAAUCCAGCCCUUGGGAGCCUAAUUGGUGUCACACUUUUGCCCAGCUAACACACCUGACUCAAUCAACUAAUCAUGAUCUUCUGUUUAGAAUGCAAUUCAUUUAAUCAGCUGUGUUCGUUACGGAUGGGGGGGGAAAGUGUGACAACUCCGGCCCCUGAGGACUGGAGUUGCCCAUCCCAGGUGAAGGAGAGGAAAUUAGUGGAGGAAGACACUUUGGACCAUUGAGACACAGCCGUAGCUUGGUAAAAUCAGGUGUACUCUGGGAACUGUAGUCUGCUGCUCGCUCAGAGGUCCUACUGCAGAUUCUCAUUCGCAUAAUUCAGCAAAUCAGAAAAGUGUUUGAUUUAGUUUCAUUUUGUUGUUGUUGACUGAUCACACCGAAUCAAGAUGAAAGACAACGGGUUAUCAGAAUUAAGCGUAUGCUACAGUAUGUUCUGGCUCAGGUCUCCUUCCCGGUGGCUCAAGUUUGUUUUUAGGCCAUAAUACAUUCCCUCAAAGUGAAACUAAAGCAUGUAGAUAAGGCAUAGUGGAAGAGUGUAUUGAUGCGGUAUUAGGUGUGCUCACCGUCCUAACCUGUCCCCACUAACUGUGUUGACCCUGCAUCGAAGUACCAGUGCACCUGUAAAUACAUGUACAUGGAUGGAAUGUUGCUUUUCAUUUGCACUCAAAUGGUUUAAGAUAUUUCCUCCACCUUCCAAUAAAAGCUCUCAAAGACCA